CGUCGCGACGCGUCGGUGCCCUUUAAUACCGGCUCCAUCAGACACAGGUGCAAAGACCGAGCUAUCCCGUACCUUUAGUACGCCACUGAGCCUUGUGCGCGCGUGUUUUUGGGGGUCCCGCAACCCCCCAGGCCACCCGCAGACGUGGCAGUGGAAGGGACAGGCAGGGGCGCAGCCUCCGGCGGUGCCGGCGCCUUCCAGCAGUUCUUUGGGGCUGCCAAGAGGCAAGGCGCCCAGGUCGGAGACAUUAGGGGCUUUUUCAGGGGUAGGAUCGGGGCGGCGCUACCUGAUACAGGUUAAGAAGCGAGGCACCACAAGUCAACAGUCACCACCCAGGAACAACCCUCGAAUCACCACCAGUAUCAGUGUUAGUGUAGUUUAAGUGCAUUCAGUGUCAAUUUUCGAUAACAUCUCGAUGCAGUGACCGAACAAGAGAUAACGGUACAAAACUGAACGAUGGAAUUAGUGACUUAGAGUUAGUAGAAUGCAGUAGAAGUUCGUGGUGUGAAGAAUUAAGAAGGAUUUUGGGGGAAAAUGGCUCCGAUACCAAUAAUCAACAUGGAGUUCGGCGAGCUGAAGGAGGUGGUGUGGGCUAAGUUGCAGGAGCCGCAUCACCAGCGGAAGCUGGUGUUGGUGAUAGUCUCCAUAGCCCUGUUGUUGGAUAACAUGCUUUAUAUGGUUAUAGUACCAAUAAUUCCGGAUUACUUGAGGUAUAUAGGGGCUUACACUGACGAUCCCAUUCCGGGAAACGUGACGUUGCCUCCCGGGACACCUUUCAAACACGACCACCAUGGCCAAGACUCAGCCACAGGCAUCCUCUUCGCUUCCAAAGCCAUCGUCCAGCUCAUGAUCAACCCGUUCUCCGGAGCCCUCAUCGACCGCAUCGGCUACGACAUCCCCAUGAUGAUCGGCCUGUGCAUCAUGUUCCUGUCCACGGCCGUCUUCGCCUGCGGCCGCAGCUACGGAGUCCUCUUCUUCGCGCGCAGCCUCCAAGGAGUCGGCUCGGCCUUCGCGGACACCUCCGGCCUGGCCAUGAUCGCCGACCGCUUCACAGAAGAAACAGAGCGCUCCAAAGCGCUGGGCAUAGCUCUGGCCUUCAUCAGUUUCGGCUGCCUGGUAGCCCCACCCUUCGGAGUGGCGCUCUACCAGUUCGCGGGCAAGGAAAUGCCCUUUUUGAUCCUGGCUUUCGUGUCUCUACUCGAUGGGUUCAUGCUCUUGAUCGUGAUGAAGCCGUUGAAGGCUCAGUUGAAAGACGCGCAGGUCAGCAAGCCUCCGUCGGUUCCUAUUUGGAGAUUGUUCAUGGAUCCGUACAUUGCUGUUUGUUCCGGAGCUCUAAUGAUGGCGAACGUAGCUCUGGCGUUCUUGGAACCAACCAUAUCUCUUUGGAUGGAAGACAACCUUACGACGGACAACUGGAAGAUCGGAAUGGUAUGGUUACCGGUUUUUCCUCAUGUUUUAGGUGUAAUUAUUACGGUAAAGAUCGCAAAAAAGUAUCCUCACCAUCAGUGGCUUAUGGCUGCAGUAGGACUAGCCUUGGAAGGGCUAUGCUGUUUUAUAAUACCGUUCUCUACAAGCUAUGGUCUGAUGAUACCGCUUUGCGGAAUAUGCUUUGGAAUCGCCUUGAUAGACACUGCAUUACUUCCAACCUUAGGAUACCUAGUAGACGUACGAUAUGUCUCAGUUUACGGAAGCAUCUACGCUAUAGCCGACAUCUCCUAUUCCGUAGCAUACGCAAUAGGUCCUAUAAUAGCGGGAGAAGUCGUAGAAGCUAUAGGCUUCACAGCAUUAAACGUAGGGAUAGCUCUUUCAAACCUAGCAUACGUGCCAUUACUCUCCUACCUAAAACACAUCUACGACUUCAAGCCCUUCGAAAACGAAGCCAAUAUCUUGAUGUCAGACCCACCAAACAAGGAGUACCAAACUUACUCAAUGCAAGAACAGAAAACCGUAGAAGAAAACGUACAAAACCACCUGGAAUACCGUCAGCAAGAAACCAAGUUCGACGAUUACGAGCCACAAAGCUACCAGUACCCGGAGCAGAAUCAGUCGUACCAGAACCAAACGUACCAAGGACCUCAAGUACCUCCUAGACCUGUCCAAGGUCAAGGGAGGGUGUUACCUCAGCAACCGGCGAAUCCUUUCAGGCCGCAAGGGCCACCUACGAUGUCCACGGGAGGCAACCCUUUCAGGCAGGAUUCAGAAAUUGUAAAACGUUGUAUGCCUCCAGAUGCUGUCCCUCCACUGCUUGAAAUAGGCUCUAUCAUUACAACGGCUCGUUCUGGAACACUUACAGCACCUUGA